AUGCAAAGGAGGAUCCUUACCAAGACAGCAGCGAUACUAGCCGGUCAAAUCAGACAAUCGUUGCUCCAGAAUGUGCCGAGAACCACCGCAUUCAAAAUCGCAAUCUCAUCGUACUCCUCCUCCUCCACAGCGAAAACAGUUCCCUUUACAGCAGACACAUACUCCUCGAAAGUACAGCGUGACUCCAGAUACAAGACACUAGAACAAUCAGACCUCGACUACUUCCACUGUAUACUACCAGAAACAAGCAUCAUCACCGAUAAGGAUGACUUGGAUUUUUUCAACGAGGACUGGAUGCGGAAAUACAAGGGCCAAUCUCAGCUCGUGCUCAAGCCGAAAACCACGCAGCAAGUCAGCCAGAUUUUGAAAUACUGCAACGACCACAAGUUGGCAGUUGUGCCCCAGGGCGGCAACACCGGGUUGGUGGGUGGAUCCAACCCCGUGUUUGACGAGGUCAUCAUCUCCUUAUCCUCGAUGAACCAAAUCAGAUCUUUUGAUGAAACUUCGGGGAUUUUAAAAGUUGACGCGGGCGUAAUCUUGGAAACUGCCGAUCAGUUCUUAGCUGAAAAGGGGUACAUUUUCCCGCUCGAUCUCGGUGCCAAAGGCUCAUGUCAUAUUGGAGGCAAUGUCGCCUGCAACGCGGGAGGCUUGAGAUUGUUGAGAUAUGGCUCGUUGCAUGGUUCCGUGUUGGGGUUGGAGGCAGUCUUGCCCGAUGGAACAGUGUAUGACUCGAUGCACUCGUUGAGAAAAGAUAAUACCGGGUACGACUUGAAGCAGUUGUUUAUCGGCUCCGAGGGAACUUUGGGCAUCAUCACCGGUGUCUCCGUCUUGUGUCCUGCAAGACCACAGGCGUCAAACGUGGCGUUUUUGGCGGUGAAGGACUACGAAACGGUGACCAAAGUGUUUAACGAAUGCAAAAAGGAAUUGAGCGAAAUCUUGUCGGCGUUUGAAUUUAUGGAUUUGAAAUCGCAAAUCUUGACUCAGCAACAUUUGGGCUUGGACCAACAUCCAAUCGAGUCGGGCCAGUACCCCUUUUACGUGUUGAUUGAAACCUCCGGGUCGAACAAAGAACACGACGAUGAGAAACUCGAAACUUUUUUGGGCGGCGCCAUGGAGAAUGGACUCGUUGAAGAUGGAAUCAUUGCUCAAGACGAAUCACAAAUCCAAUCCUUGUGGUCAUGGAGAGAAAGUAUACCUGAGUCAAGCACCAUGAAUGGCGGAGUCUACAAGUACGACGUGUCGAUACCAUUGGCUGAUUUGUAUGGCUUGGUCGAAGCAUGCAAUGCCAAACUCGAAGACGCGGGCCUUGUUGAUUUCACCGACUCGUCCAAGCCAGUAGUCUCGGCCAUUGGCUACGGGCACAUUGGCGAUGGCAACUUGCAUUUGAACGUGUGUGUGCGCGAAUACUCCCAAGCCAUCGAGCUGGUCUUGGAACCAUUUGUUUACCAAUGGAUCCAACAGAAACGCGGCUCGAUCUCGGCGGAACACGGCUUGGGAUUCCAAAAGAAGAAUUACAUUGGAUAUUCCAAAAACGAGCAGGAGAUUGCCAUGAUUAAAUCGAUCAAGAACCAUUUCGAUCCUCAAGCAAUUAUGAAUCCUUACAAGUACGUUUAA